AUGACACAAAAUGGAUACGGACCCUCGCAUGUCACUGGACAUAUUGGCAGAAUCCCUAACUUCGGCAAAACACAAGUCAAUCCUAUGGGUAGUGUCGAACCACCAGCAUGCAUUCAAAAUGCAAUGAUGACCAAGGAUAAGAAGCCUUUUACUUACACGCCUGGUGGUCUGGAUUUGUCUCAGAUACGCACUCCUAGUAUGGCUAGGAGGCUAGCAAAACAGCGUUCAUUAGAGGAUCAAGAAAAAGCUUACGCACAGCAGCAACAUAGUUUAAAUAAUGGUGGCAACUACAAUACACAAGGGGGUCCGGCACCUCCAGCUCCACCACCUCCUAAGAUGCCUUUACCACCACCACCACCUCCAUUGAUAAUAGAAGCACCAAAUGCAAAACCUACAAAACCAGUACCUUUAGGAGAAAGGCCUGAAAUAGUUAUCCCAGAAAAUCCUAUAGGUAUGCUACGAAAAACAAAUAGUCCAUACCAUUGGGAAGCUGAAAAAGCGGAAAUGCAACGAAUGGGACCAGUUCCUAAAUUUGUAGAAAAAGUUCCGAGUCCUUUAACAGUAAAGCUACCACAGCAGCAGAUCCAUCAAACUUAUUCAUCACCAGAUCAAAAUAAUCUACAAAGGCGGAAUUUCUCAUACAAUAACCAGAAUAAUCAAGCACCUGAAAGUCCAAUUUAUCGCCCUGAGGCUCAAUAUGGCCAUCCAAAAUCAAAUUCUACAACUGUCAAUGGGUCUCCACAAACUCGGGAAAUGCUCGUAAGACAGGACUCACAAUUCAACAAAAGCCCUCAGCCGUUUACAGGGCAAUCACCUCUUAGUAAUGGAUCACCAUAUUCACCAACACCUAAUAAUAAUUGGAGACAACCCGAAAAGAGAGAAUCCCCUGCUACCAAAACGAACAGUCCCCUAACUCCGCAAAAUAAUCGUGGACCGUUUUCACCAAACACUCAACAAGGUUCACCAAAUUAUUCUAAUCAAUCGCCACCUAUUUACCAUACUUUACCCAGAGUUGGUCAAAGAAAUCUAGACUCUGUUAAUAAUAAUAUGCAACAGCAACAAGCACAGCAGAGUCCAAAUACUGAACAGUCAAACUAUCCACCGUGGCGAACGCAAACAUUAAGCAGAAACCCAAGAGGAGCAGAAAGUCAGCAAAUCAUUGUAAAUAAUCAAAAUCCUAAUCAACAACAAGCUUAUAGUCCUCCAUGGAAAUCAAGUGAUUCUAAUAAUAACAGGACUGAAAAUAGCUACAUUGCGCCUUGGAAGCAAGAAAAUAAAGUAAAUUCUCAACAAUCGUACAGUCCAUCAAGGGUAAUGGGUCAAGAUAUUAAUAGUAAUAAUGGAAUAGCUAAAAACUCCAACGUUCCUUGGAGAAAUCAGGACAACUCUCAAAAUAAAACAAUACCUCUAACUACAAAUUCACAAGAGCAGCCCCGAUAUCAGUCCACUAUUUCCAUCCCAAUCCAUGGAAACCAAAGAAAACAAAACUCACAACCAGAAUAUAAUAACCCUUCACAACAAAAAGAAGUUGUAUAUGUUAACCAAGAACCAGUGUUUUACUGCCCUGAAAGCCCUAAAACGAUACCACCGUGGGUAAAGACACAAAAAGAAAAGACUAAGACACCGCCUCCUUCCUGGUGUAACAGACCGUUAGAAGGUAGAAGAAGCACACCGAGGGAAUUAGUUACGCCACCCAGAGAAUCAAAUCAAGAACCUGAGUGGGUAAAAAAGAGCAAUGAAAUGCAAAGAAGUGUAAGAGAAGUUGUAAGUCCACCAAAAUAUCAGCAGACAGCACAGCCAAAUUGGUCAACACGCCCUUCAGAAAAUCGUAAAAGUUUACCUAAAGAUAAUGCAAUGAACACUGAAGGAACUAGGAUAAUUCCUAUUCAAAUGGAAGUAUCAACAUCUGAGACUAAAGACCAAAAUAGACAGAGAGAAAGUCAGCAACCUCAGUUAAGAAUAGUAAUAGACAUGAAACAAAAUUCUGAUGCUCAAUCCCGAAUUUCAGCCAAGACAGUCAUCCCAAAACGCGAAUUAUCCCCAUUCAGAUUGAGAGUACGAAUAGUGGAGCAAACAAAAGCUUCGGUGGGCGGUACUAAAGGAGUUGUUUGCACUGAUCCAAAAAUACACUAUCACAAAAUCAGCCAAGAGGGUCCGCCGAGACAAUCAUCUACAUUUAAAUUAUUGCAGGUUAUAACGGAGACGCAAGAUUGGGAUAAAAUGCAGAGGAAGAUAAAUACACAAGGUUAUACAGACUUUUAG